AUGGCUUCGCCUUCCGUCAAUUUCAUUGUCAGACGCCCUUGGUUGCGCCGUUGGAUGACUCCUUUGGCCAAUUGGUACACCGAUGCCGCUGGCUACAGGAAGCUCGGAUUGAGGGCUGAUGACUUGAUCCCCGAGGAGUCCGAGGCCGUUCAAUUGGCUCUCAAGCGCCUCCCCCCCAAGGAGGCUUACGACCGUGUUUUCCGUCUCCGCCGUGCAGUCCAGGCCUCGCUCGCCCACCAGCUUCUCCCCAAGGACCAGCAGACGAAGGCUUCCGAGGACACCCUCUACUUGACGCCUAUCAUUCGGGAGAUUGAGGCACAAUCUAAGGAGCGCAACGACCUGGACUCCAUGGUCGUCCGACGGAAGAACUAAAUUCACCUUUGGCAAGGCGGUCCGCUGAGAAUACCAUGUACGCCAUGCUAGUGGAUGGAUGAGAGGAGGAAUUUAGACUUGUGUAUGUUUAUUUUGUACAGCAGCAAUCGUCAUCAAAUUCUCUGUACCAAGCGACGAUACAAAGCGCUAUUUAUUGGCACUAUCAAUAUAUCACGUACCCUUGUAUUUUGAACUUGUUGAGCAGAAAUACUGGUCAUGCCAAGACCCAGAAGAGUCCAAAAUGUAUCAACCGGAAUUGGGUUAUUCUAAUGAACGGCGCUCCCAUCUCAGACGACAACAGCAACCGCCGUUCUGGGUCUAGUCCAAAGCAAAAGAAUCCACCCUUCUUCUUAUAUCGUGACUGAGCUUUGCAG